AAGGUACAACCAUGAUGGCGUCGCGAAUCAUGCAUGGUCGAAGAGAAGGACAAACGAGGGGUAAUUUCUUGACGUAAAUACCUAUUCUUGCGAAGAUUUCUAGAGUUUAACCAUUUUUCUUCCUUUCUGGUUUUGUAGAUUUCGCUGGAAAUACUCUUAGUGUCAUUCCCGCUGGAGUUAAUCCGCGAGAGGUGAGCUUGGCCAUGCAAACAAGCUAAAAUUUAUUCGCACAUACUCUGUAUCAAUCAUAAAGUUUUUUUCCUGCUCGCUCUGGGAAAAGUGUUUCAUUCAUUUAUUAAAUAGUCACGGAGCACCGUACUACCUUUACAGGUAACUGUUCUUCAGCCUGAAACAUGGAGACGAAUACAAAAUAGCCUGUCGGGUUAUAACGAGGAAAAAGAGCGAUUGCAAGCGAAGAUGAAAGAACGAGAAGAACUCCAUACUUUUUCUAAGGAUUCUGUUAAACACUGGGAAAACACGAUAGAGGUUUGUUGUUUUAAUUUUUAUUUUCCUACAAGUGCUGCAGAUCAAACAAUUAAACCUAUUAGUUUUCAAGCGAAAAAACUGCAUUCGGUUACCCUCAUACGUGUAUUUGGCGGCAGCUACCAAUAGACUCCCGAUAACUCGAACCUUUAAGGGAAAUAGAAAAAAGUUCGAGUUAUCGGGAGUUCCAGUUAUCGGGAGCUCGAAGAAAAUAGCCGAGAGUAUGGAAAAAAACAGUUUUUACUGCACAGUGAACAUUUUAAUCACAUUUAAUCGUAGAAAUGUCAAGUGAAAAUUAAAAGAUACUUCUAGAUUAUAAAUCAGAACCUAACGUAACAAAACAUAGCCUAAAUAGAGCAUGCGUUUUACUGUUUUUGAGAAGUAAAGCUGCUUCAUGUUAGCCUGUUACAAUCAACAUCAGCCUCCACUAAUAAACUACCCAAGCUACCCUGGGUGGGCCAAGUCUUCCUACGUUUCUUUUAAAACUAGGCAAACCAUUUACAUGAAGAACAAAAAGUUGGCUCUGCCAGAAGUGUGACUUGCCUUCAUGUAGCAGGGUCACUCUUGACGGUGUAGGGUCAACCUCCCAGCUGGGCCAACUUUUCUCCACACAAAGUCUUUGGCUUGCACAGCCAGGUCAACUCAGUCAAGGCAAGACAAUCAGAGCAUUGGCGUGGGCUGUUGGCUCGGGCAAAGGGGGUUCUUUUUUUUCUUACGUAAGAGCUCACUAAAGGUGACUGAGCUGGGAGGGAGACCCCCUUUCCUGUGACAACUUUUCCCAACAUAAAAGGGGCCUAAGAUUUAUCCUAAUUUAGACCAUCAGAUUGUUGUUAUAUACAGGACACUUUAUAACAUAUUAGUAGUUGUUCUCAAGUGUUCAAUAUUUAACUGGUGAGUUUUCCGUGAAACAAUUCCCUUAUGUUUUUUUCUGUACAUGUAGGGUCAACGGCUCAAGAAAUUGCAAGCUCGACAAAUAAGAGAAGAAAAGGAAGAGGUGAGAAGAUUUUAAAAAAUGAUUACUUUUAACCUUUUGAAAAGAAGGUAAAGAUAAUUUACAAGACAGGGCCAGGUUGUUCAAAGCAGGGUUAAGAUAACCCAGGGUUAGUGCGAAAUUUCAAUUCAGAUAUGAAAGCUUAAAAAGAAAUUUCAGUUUUCUUUUGGGCUACAAUUUGAUGAUUGGAUGCUAAACAAAGAAUCGAGAAAAUUAUCUGGGAAAAUGCUUUUGAACAAAAGACGAAGAAUUCUAGGUUAAAAUUUAACCCCAGGUUAGCGCUAAUCGGCCUUCGAGCAACUGGGCCCAGGGCUAUAGCUUGCUGGAGAUGCCGUACAUCUGUAAUGGUCCUCUAUGCAGAGGUAAGGACUUAAGUAAAUGUUUAACAUCAUUAAUAAAACCAUCUUUUUUUAUCAACAGGAAGAAAGAGUAAAGAUUGACAUUGAGGAAGCUAAGCACCAAGCACAGAAAAGAAAAGAAGCCAUUGAACGAGCCAAGACCCUUCAGUACUACCAAACAGAUAGAGUCAAGACGUUUCAUGUAAGAGAUUAAAACCUACAAAAAUGCUGUGACUAUACAAAUAGAACUCAUCCGUAUCACAUACAUGUACUGCAUUAUCAGUGAUGGACCCAGACCUUCAGAAUUGUUGGGGGGGGGGGGGGGGGAGUCAUCCAGACCCUGAGAUAAGAGGGGCCCGGUCUUCAACAAACAUUUUUUCGGCCCUUCAGGCCUCAGUUUGGUCCGAAAAGCAGGGGGGGCCCUCCCCUGGAUCCACCACUUAUUGUAUCACAGAAUUUUCUUACCACUGGUCAUUUGUACUUUCCAGGGUGCCCUGCUUCUAACAGAGGUUCUAAAGGAGAGAGAUGCCCAGAUAGAAAUGAAGAAUGGAAAACUUGAUGCAGAAAAGAUUAGAGAAGAGCACCUCUUGAGACUGCAGCAGAGGGUAAGGUUUCCCAUCAGUCAACAUAAUAGUGAAUAAUACAUUGAACUAAAAUAAUUUUGACAUUUUUAAAAAUUCUGCAAAUUGUUUCUUUGUCAUGAAUUGAGGGGUGAAAGUCUCCGAGAUACAAUUACCUCUGUACCUAAAUUCCUAUAUGUAGAAAAUGUUCACGUCAGAAGCAUUUUUUUAAGUUAAACCAUGCUCAAACCCCUCAGUACAUUAAUGCACAUGUAGUAAUUGAAGUACUUAAAAGCAAGUUAUGGGUCUCAGAAUAAUUGUUUCAACUGAAUUCACCAAGGCUAGCUUUGUAAUUGGAUUGUUUUCAAGUGCUUACUCCCCAUAUAGUCAUGAAAAUUUAAUAUUUGUAUCUUCAGCAACGUGAGGAGGGAAUUAUGGAAGAUCAGAGAAGAGCUCUGAGGAGGUAUAAUGAAAGGAAAGCAGUGUCAGAUUUCCAAAAACUCCAGUAAGUACUAAACCUUUUAGUAAUUUAUGAAUACUGACUUAAGUGAGAAAUUCUGCAAUACCUUCUGAGCUGCCAAAGGUAGUGAAAUAGUGGCAUACAGUAUACUAGGAACACUGCAGUAUUAGGUUUGAACUUGAGGUUAGAAGAUCUAGUGUAAUAUAAUGCUGCAUGGUGGUUUUAAACCAAUGCCACAAUCAUAAUAUUUAAAGGGGUCUCAGUGGAAAAGGGGUGCAUCUAAAAAUAGAGGGUUAUUCACUUUCACUUCUCAGAAUCCUUGAUCAUAUUGAAGAAUCAAAAAAAGGAAAGGAAGCUGACGUGGAAGAAGGCAGAAAUAUUAAGCAGCAAGUUGACAUGUAUGAGGCUGCAAAGCAAGCUAUUGAAGAACAAAGGAGAAAAGUAAGUUAAGGUUUUCUUAGUGAUAACUGGUUUGAGAAAGGGCAGUUUUGGAAAUUCUUUGGUAAUCAAAGGACAAAAUUAUCACAGUAAUGUACACACAUUUUUGUACUUCCUUACAUUUGUGAUACCGGUACUCAUAAAGUGAAAAAUUAUAAUUAUAGAAGGUUAGUUAAGUUAUUAAAAGAAAGAUUUUGAAGUGAAACUUUGGAAUCCACGGAGAUUACACAUAAAAAUUAUAACAAAUUUGCAACUCAUGCUGUAUGAAAAAGGCUGGAACUUCAACCAAAAUGGCAACUAGUGAUGUUGAUUUAUUAUAACUAACUGUUUUUAAAGCCCAUUUUGAUAAAUUUUCAUUAAUUAUUUUAAAGGAAAAGAAAGAGAUUAUGGAGGAACAUCAGGCACAGCUUGCCGAUAGAGAAGUAUGUUUGUCACUAACUUUUCCUGAAAUAAUAGCUAUCCCGCUGUAGAUUUUCCACAUAAUUGUUGGAAAUGCUUGUAUGGUUUAUUCAGGUUUGUUCCCCUCUUGAAAUGAUCAUCCCACUCCCAUCCUACGUCCUCUUUCAGUUCUUAGCCAGCCUGCCUGCAGCCAUGUGCUGUAUCUAAUAAUCUUAUUUGUUUCUUGGGGAAGAGUCCCUUGGAGCAUUUCACCUUUUUGAACUGAUACAGGUUCACGUGUAUUCACUCCUGAAACUGAAAAGACACUAUUUCGUGCUGACUUAAUGUUUUUUCAUUUUAAUUUUCAGAGAAGACGACAAAUUGAACAGAAGAAAAUUGAAGAGGAAGAGGAGGAAAUCAGACAGUUCGGUCAAGCUAAAAAGGUAAUAGUCGUAAAUUUAAUUUUAUACACUGUAGAUAUCACCAGAAAGAUAAGGUCCAUUUUAAAUGACCGUGAAUGGCAAGUAAACCCAACUAUAAACUUGUUCACAUACUGUACAAUCCGCAUCACUCACACAUGUCUAUUGGGGUUCAGUUUUAUCUGUGGUUUAAAUAAAGCUGAUUAACUCUAAAAAGUGUCAAGUAAACAGCUAAAUGAACAUCGUGGAACUUUUUCUUUGUUAUACAGAAAAUGGCAAAGAUGCGUAAAGCGAAGGAAACAGAAUUAUUCAAGUAAGUACUAACAAGAAGCGUACAAAAUACUUAAUGAAAAACCGAAGUGAAAGUGUCGUUUUUAACAUUUUUGGAAACGAUCUAAAACUUGUGUAGUUCUUCUUGCAACCACAUUUAUAUAGCUGCAGAUCGGUCAUCUCGGUUCUUAAACAUUCUUUAAAGAAGAUUCGCUUUGAUUUCUAUUAAGAGUUUUAUUCAGGUACUCCGCCCGAUAAAUGUUGUCGCAUCUCCUACACUGUUCUCAAAAUACUGUCUCUCUUUUUUUCAGUGCCUUCCAAGAACACACACAGCGGAUGAGAAAGAAGCUAGCUAACCAAAGACAACAAGAAGUUGAUGAUGAAGAUGACCGGAUAGCAAAGGCUGUGGCGGAUAGGGAGAGGAAGCGUGAUGUAUGUGCCUGUUUUCUUAUAUACGUUGUAGAAAGUACGUUUUUAAGUGUCAAUGUAAUUAGCACGAAACUACUAAUUGAGGACACCGUUUGUCUCCUAUUGGAGACGGGACCGCCAUUUUUCGCGGUCAUCCGAGCUACGCGAAUAUCCAGCCGUUUGCAGGGCAAAUGAAAUACCUUCAUUUCUCAGUUAUUUUUAGAUCUGAGUGUACAGUGCAGCUGACAGUGUAGGUCAGGCGCUCUACCGACUGAGCUGUUAUCAAGUAAAGAAACUUGCCGGUUGUUGAAAAAAAGCUCACCUGACAACGGACCCAUCGAUAUGUCUGUGAGGGUAUUGGAUUUUUAAAAUUCAAUCCAUGAAGUUAUCUUUCAUAGGAAAUCUAAAAGUAAAGUGUUUAAUCUUUCUUAUGAUAUGAAAAUUUUCCUGAAUGUUUUUAGGCCGAAGAAAGAGAAAAAUACGAGGCAGACAUGAAGGAGAAGAGGGAAAUUCACGAUCACAGAAUUCACAUGGUAAUAACUGUAGUUAUUAUUACGUACUACCUAAAGUAACCAAGACUAAAGCAAGAAAAAUAUGUACGACUCUUCAUCUUUGAACAUCUUCAUUUUUUAUCCUUUUCUUUUUUUUCUUUUUUAGAUGAAAGAGAAUGAACGCCGAACAAGAGAAGAAGCAAACAAAGACCGUGAAAUACUUCGCAAGAGAGUCGAAUCUGAUAAACUGGUACGUGAACAGUCAGGUUCCUUCGGCUUGAGAAUAACACGCAGAGGCUAGAAAAGUGUAACCUGCGUAGCAAGCUCUCCAGUUGGGGGAUAUCGUGAAAAGUAGAUGCGCUAGAGGCACGCGAGAGGAGUCCCGAAAGGGGGAGCGGUCCCUCGCGGCCUCGCCGCUGGCUCACGCUUUCUUGCGCGGCUCGCUUCUCUCGUCCAAAUAUGAGAGCUUGCUCCAAGGCUAACGUAGCUGCGAAAAUGCGCUUCUUUGUCCUCGCGGCUUCACCGCUCAUAUGCGCGCUAGAAAUACCGCCAGAUACGGAGGUUAAAAAAGUGCAAUUUUUUUCAAGGCUUCCUCUUUAAAAUGAGAUUUAAGAUGCUAACACUUUUUGCCGUCGUUUGCUUUAUUAGUACCACAUUAAACAGGAGGAAAAGAGAUCAGAGCAACUAGGGGAAAACAAGAAAUUGAAAGAGUUCCAAACACAGCAAAUCGUAAGUAGAGUUGGCGCGCAGUUAUGACCUUGCAGAAAUUUUGCAAACACCUUGCACCCAGGGAAGGGUUGCUUACAACGUCACCAUUCAUUAAUCGAUGCCCUUAGUUAUUAUCCCAAUGGCAGCCGUUGUUGAAAAGGACAAUCUUCAACGCAUUGUGCACGAGAUAAGUAAUCAAAAAGUGCGCCCACCGUGUCGAGUCAGCCCGGUAAAGCAGCAACCCGUUUAACCAGGCUGGCUUUCCUUUAGCUAGUAUCAGGCGUUUUCGCGCUCCAAAUAAACAAGCCGUAAUUGGGAAGGUCUUUGUUGGCAGUCCAUGGGUUUACACAUCUUAAUACAUAUAUUUCGACAGGCUGAAUUAAAAGACCGUAAACAUCAACUUAGAGCAGCGGAAUUAGACCUGGAUAAACGCAACGAAGCCCUACUCAGGUCCGAAGAGGUUCAGUUCCAGGAGUACGCAAACAAGGUCAUUUCAGAGGCCAAGGAGAACGGCCGUAAUCCGUACCCACUCAUCAAGGCCUCUCAGGAGGGCCCCGGAGGUGGAAGAGGCCCCAAAUAUGAAGGCAAACAAGGUCUUAGACCCAGCUAUCUUGUGUGUGAUGGGACAGGGGUACAGUUGCCUAAUUACCACAGUGGUACCGUACAAGGCUCCCAUACCAAGAUUUACGGCCGUCCAGCUGAAAGUAUGAAGAGACUAGGCUUUACUUGGUGA